AUUCACAUAUCAACAUGACACCCCCCAAGCAGAAUGUUUGCUGCCCGCUCUGUCAUUCUGAAUUUACCUAUAUAGGCAAACACCUAAGGUAUAGUCACGGCAUUAAAAAUUCAGAAGAGCGGAAGAUAUUGAUCAGGUUCAGUAACGGGAGAAUCAAUAUCAGAAAAAUGCCCUGUCCAGUGGAUGGAUACAUAUUGCAUAUUGACCAAGCUCACCCGGAGAUGGAGGGGGAGAGGAAGGCCCAGGUGAUUAAUGGUUUGAAGUACCAGGUAACGGUGAAUAUGCUGGGAGCUCUGAGCGCCACAAACCCAAGCCCUCCGAUGGUCUCACGUUUACACAUGGACCCAAGAGCAAGAGAGGAAGCAGGUCAGCAUCAUCCAACAUCAGGACCCCUUGAUGAUGAUACAUCCUGCACCUCGUGCAAAGAGCUUGGGGCAAAGAACCUUCAGCUUACAUCAGACUUGGGGCAACUAAGGAAGAAAUUGCUUUACCAGCACAGAUGGGCAAAAAGGGCAAAAAAGGCAAUCAAACGACUGGAGGAGGACCUCCAAAAGGAAUCCACAUGCCCGGUUCCUGGUGUGGACGUGGAUGUCCUGGUGGGGUCUGGAUCUACCUCUCCAGAUGAAGAACCACAGCCCAUCACCAGACCUAAAUCAAAGCAGGAAAGCCGGAACAUCCAAUGUUUGGUGAAGGCGUACCCAAAAUUCCCACUAAGCAUAUUGGAAUACAUCGCGGAAUAUUGGCAGCACCUCAAAGGCUCCCAUGGUCUGGGUAAAAGGAUCGAAAAUCAAAGAUCCAAAGUGGGUAGAAUCAUGGCUUUCCUUUCGUUUAUAACCGAGGGCCAGACAAUCCUCCAGAAUUGGACUUUCCUUCCCAAUAUGUCCAGGAUAUACCAGUGGCCAGAGCAUCUGCAGAAUGGUGGAAAAGCGGAGAACACAGUGAAGACCUACCUGGUGAAUUUGUCACAGUUCCUGGGCUACUUCAGGGACACUCCUCCAACUUCGUCAAGAGUUCCAAAAAGAGAAGUGUUUGCCGUGAUUCGUGCUAUCUCAGAGUGUAUUGCAAGCCUGGGUCCACGUGUUGUCAUGCGUCAGAUACGUGUAAAGAAAAAUAAGUUGAGCAGAACCAUCUCCAAGGACCAACUUCGCCUCUGCAAAGUCCUGGCCAGGAGACGCAUCCCUGAACUUCUUGAUGAACUGUCUGAGGACCCCAACCCGGAGGCGCGAAGGAGAUAUUUUGGGUACCUCAGUGUUUACCUAGCAAGCCUAUAUGGACACCGCACCGGUGUUCUAAAGAAUAUGACGGUCUCCGAGGUUGAUGAAGCCCAGCAGGAAGCCACAGUCGGGCAAGCGGGCUUUGUGAUCAAUGUGAAGGAACACAAAACCAACCGUGCGUUUGGCCCCGCACAGCUCUACUUAACUGUAGAGGAAUUCUCAUGGGUGGAGCAGUGGAUGAUCAUCAGACAGAAACUAAACCCACCCACAGACCUUCUUCUCUUCACCGAAAACUUCACAAAAAUCGAGAAACUCAUCGUGCCGAUGCAAGCCGCCUGGCAUGACAUGGGUUUUCCUGGGCGUCCCACAUUCACAGACUUCCGAACAUCAAUAGCCACAUACGCAAGGAAUACUUUGUCACCAAGUGACCGGAUCAACAUUUCAAAGACCAUGUGUCAUGACACACGGACAGCAGACAAAUUCUACGCGCUCCACCGCACCGCGUCAGAGCUGGCUCGGAUCCGUCAGAAUUUCGAAGCAGCCGUCAAGCCACCACGUACGACGGUACAUGACACCGCCGAACCUUCCCUCCUCUCCAUGUCAGAAUCAUCAGGUGAUGGUCUUGAGGAGGAAGCGGACUGCGGGCCUUCACACAGCCCCCCUGCCGGUCCUUCGCCGUCCUCACCAACAUCCAGUCGGGCCAUUGGAUCAACAAGCCCUGAUCAAGCUUCUGGGAGCUGCUACAGUCCAGGAGGGCCGGUGCGCGUCACCGGCGCUUCGGCGGUUGGUUCCUCCAACCUGCAGGCUCGACUCCAGACCCCAGCGGAGGUUGCGCGCGACUGUGCUUAUUUCCCCCGUAUUGGGCCGCACGCUUGGAAGCGAGACCGAGAUGCACCGUCUGACCCAGCGGUCCCACACCAAGCCUCCGCCGCCGGGCGCACGUCCCCCGGUUCUGGCCUCCUGGCCCGCGCUGGCGGUGCGCUUGGGAAACACACCUUUCUCUCACCCUCCGGUCGAGCCCCCGUGCGGCUGUCCGCCCGCAAGCCAAUCGACUAG